AUGGAGAAUAACGAACGGUGUCCUUCAGCUCAUACGUCGUCACAGAGUCAAACAUCGGUGGUGGUACCAUGUGUCAAUGAGGAGGAGCAGAGCAACACGACUGUCCCCUUUCGCGGCCCUAAUCAUGUGACCACGGCGGAAGAUUUUCGUUUGAAUGGGGACGUCCAGAGUGGUCUCGACUACUUUUCGCCAUUCUAUAUGCCUGCCGUAUCCUGGCAUUUGGCCAACCCAGAGCCUGCGAGUUCGGGCAAUGAACAAGAAAUACGUUCGAGUCCUUUUUCACUAGUGGACAACGCCUCGAUGCCAUUGGUGCAAGGUCCUGUCGAUGAACCGUCUCUAUCUACCUGGCCAAGCACUCUGGAACCGUUUUCGUUGCUGGCUCGCUAUAACGAAAUCGUGAACACAAUAACCGGAUUUCCCAAUACAUGUGUCGCCAUCCCAGUUGCAACGGGCGAAUUUUCGCCCGCCGUGGAGAUCUCCGCCGCCAUGAACGCAUUCAUCAGAACCAUCGCCCGUAUCCCUGUAAUUGGAUUGGAUGCAACCGUACAGGACAGAAUGGAUUCACCCGUCGGGACAAGCUUGCGGAACACGAGCGGAAUGUCCAUGGGAUAG